UAUGUUACUAAUGAAAAUAAACAAUUUUUGUAGUUUAAUGCAGAAAAUAUUAGUUAGUUUAUAAGAAACUUGUUAAUAGUUACUACGGAUUCACUUUUUUUUUCUUAUAUAAGCAGACAAAUUUUACGAAUACAAUUACUUCUUUGAAAAUUUUUAAUUUAAAGUGUCUAUCUUCUUAACUGUUCUCAAAGUCAACAUCGUGCAAACCUUUAAGUUUUUAAAUAAUUUUUUAAAUAAUCCAUAACGAUGAAAACGAAGACUCAGAGAUUAUUUGCUCAACUCAAGCGUUUACGUGAAAAUCCUACUUAUCCGUUUAUAACGCCAUCUUUCGUCCAUAUACACAACUGUAAUAAUAACAAGUCUGCUAUUGUGUCCACUAGUAAGAGUUUACCAAAGGCCAAUCCAAUAUGUUCGUCAACAAAAUCUGUGUCAGAAAAACCGCAAAUGAAGAAUCCACACGGCGUUCCUGUUAAAUCGACUUCGACACAUAUUAACAAAUCAUCUCCAAAGAAAAAAGUCGCCGUCGAUGGCAAUGAAAAGGACGCAGUCGGACCCCAGCCAAGAUCAAGUACGAAAAAGCUUAGAUCUAAGUCGGGAAUUCCGAAGGAACCUUCUAAAAAUUCAUGCUCGUCGAAAAGACCAAACGCUUUCGACGACAAUGGGUCUUCUAAGAGACCUAAAUACUCGAGCUCUGUCGAGUUACGCCAUAGUGCGGAUGGAUCCAAAAAAAAAAUAAUCCCAAAGGACAUUUCUUCAGCGUCAGAUUCG